CGAGAAUAGGCUCAGUGCAUAAACAACACGCUCUACAAGUGUACACUCCCAAAACCCUAACUUCCCUUCUUCAGUUCUUCUUCCUCAAACCCUUGGUUUAACACUCUCUUUAACCUCGUACCAGCAAAACCUUCAAACUCAACACAAAUCUCUAACAAUGGUGAAUACAACUGGGUUAGAUGAAGAAACAGCCAGUAAGGUCCUACGCCAGGUUGAGUUUUAUUUCGGUGACAGUAAUCUCCCAAGAGACAACUUCUUGAUGAAUACUCUCAAUGAUUGUGAAGAUGGAAUGGUGGAUUUGGCAUUGAUUUGUUCAUUUACGAGGAUGAGAACUCAUCUGGAUUUGGGCAAUAUGAAAGCUGAUCAAAUUCCUCUAGCAACUGUUGAUGCUGUGUCUGAAACUUUGAGGAGUUCUGGUUUCCUCAAACUUUCCGAGGACGGAAGGAGGGUGGGCAGGAGCGUUCAACUUAAUAAGCCAGAGGAGGUGAUAGAACAGGUUGAUGGCAGGACAAUAGCUGCUUCUCCCGUACCAUAUGAUGCGAACAUUGAUGAAAUAAAAUCCUUCUUUGCUCAAUAUGCAAAGGUCAACAGUUGCAGGCUUCCUCGUCAUAUUUCGCACAAAUUUUAUAUUUGUGGGACUGCUCUGGUCGAGUUUUCCACAGAGGAAGAUGCAGAGAAGGUUUUGAAGCAAACUUUGUCAUAUGCUGGUGCUGAUCUGGAGCUCAAGCCAAAGAAAGACUUUGACUUGGAAAGAGAAAAGGAUGUAAAGGAAUUUGAAGAGAUAAAUGGCAAAGACUCUGAAAAGUCCAGAUAUCCUAAAGGCUUGAUUCUUGCAUUCACGUUAAAGAGCAAGUUAUUGGAAGAGGACUCCAAGCAGAAUGGAUCAGAUGAGCAUGCUAGUGAGGCUGAGGUGUCCAAGACAAAUGGCGGAGAAUCUGUGGCAAAUGGGUCAGAAGAGGCAGAUAAGGCAUCAGUAAAUGAUAAAAAUGGUGCUGUUGAAAAUGUGGAGGAAACUAUGGAAGAAGUAAGUCCUGAAAGUAUUGAGAAGGAAGAGAAGGAAACUGAGGGUGACAAGAAGUCCUCUGAAAGUGCUGACAAAAAGGAUGGAGACAAAGCAGCACCAGGGGGCAAAUCUGCAAUUGAAUCCUACAAGAAUAACAUGGAUGUUGUUAUUCGUGAGGAUCUGAAGGCUGUGUUUGGAAAGUUUGGCACUGUCAAGUACAUAGACUUCAAGAUGGGAGAAACUUCAGGUUACGUACGGUUUGAGGAACCAGAGGGAACCCAAAAAGCUCGUGCUGCUGCAGUGCUCGCUGAGGAAGGUGGUUUAGUUGUUAAGAACUAUAUCGCUACUCUAGAACCUGUGUCUGGUAAUGAGGAGAAGGAAUAUUGGAGCCAAAUUCUAGGAAGUCAAGGUAGAAUCCGUGACAACAGGGGAGGACACAAAGGAAGAGGAGGAAGACACCACAACAGAGGCGGAAGGCAUGGGCGAUCCCGGGACAGAGAUCAACCUGCUGGCCGUGCGAACAAAGUUCAGAAAGUAGCAACAUAAGAUUUUUGAUACCAUAAUCUUAAAAAAAAAGACCUGGACAGUAUUUUAGCAGUCUUGAUCUCAAUUUUGGUUCAACAUUUUGAAGUUAUCUGCUGUCUUAUGAUAUUAUGUAAUGACAGUUCACAUUUGUAGUAAAGUGAACAUCCUAAAUUUUUUCUAAA